AAUAUUUUGUUCAAAUGCAUGUUUAAGAGGAUAUUCCUUGUUCCAGAGGAACAGCGCGCUCCCUGAUGAGGAAAACGUUGCUAGACUACAAGAAGAACUGAUUGCAGUAAAACUAAGAGAAGCAGAAGCUUUAAUGGGUCUCAAAGAACUAAGGCAGCAAGUCAAAGACUUGGAGGAACACUGGCAGCGUCACCUAGCUCGCACCACUGGGAGGUGGAAAGAUCCUCCAAGAAAAAAUACAGUGAAUGAACUGCAGGAUGAGCUGAUGACAGUCCGACUGAGAGAAGCAGAAACUCAGGCUGAAUUGAAAGAAACCAAGCAAAGAAUGAUGGAGAUGGAAACACAGAGUCAGAUCAAUAAUAACCAUUUGCGAAGGGCAGAGCUGGAGGUCACCAGCCUGCAAGAAAAGGUACAGUAUCUUACUGCACAGAACAAAGGCCUUCUUGCUCAGCUGAAUGAAGCAAAACGUAGACAAGCGGAGAUUGAAUGUAAGAGUAAAGAAGAAGUGAUGGCAGUGCGGCUCCGUGAGGCAGACCGCAUAGCAGCUGUGGCUGAACUCCAGCAGCACAUUGCUGAAUUAGAAAUCCAGAAAGAAGAAGGAAAGAUUCAAGGGCAGCUUAAUAAAUCUGAUUCUAACCAGUAUAUCAGAGAACUGGAAGAUCAGAUAGCUGAGCUGCAUCACGAGGUAAGUGGUAAAAUACUGCCUGAUAUAUUUUACCUUUAGUCAUAUCUUUUAAAU